GCACAAUGAUUCCUACCAAUGACUACGAACAGCAAGUGAAAGAUCAAGAAUAUUUAACAGAAACCAGAACACACAUGCCAGCAAGAAUAAUUGAUAUAUCCCACAAUGGAAAUGGACAUCUUCUAUGACUUAUGUGCUUCUGGCCAUUUCUUACCUGUUGAUCAUCAUAUUGUUUGGGCUUGUGGCAUCCCAAGGAAGCAGCAAAUGGCAGCAACAUCUAGAAAGCUUGUACCCAUGUGGAGCCAAAAGCAGAGAAUGGAAAUAUUUUGAUGGUGCAUGUUACUUCUUCUCCAUCCAAGAAGUUAUUUGGCACACAGCAGAGAAUGAUUGUGAAGAAAAGAAUUCAAAAUUGGUAGUCAUUACCAAUCAGUAUGAACAGAAUUUCCUCCAGUCUCAAACCAGGAAUGAGCGCAACUGGAUUGGACUCAGUGAUCACAAUGCUGAAGGGCAAUGGAGAUGGGUCGAUGGCACAGACUACAGAACCAGCUUCAAGAAUUGGCAAGAAGGUGAACCCAAUGAUCACAGCAGUAAUGAAGACUGCGCCGAGCUCUUUAAGUCUGGAAAAUGGAAUGAUGUAUCCUGUAAUACAAAAAAAUUUUAUGUAUGCAAAAAGCCUUUAUCUUCCUAAAAAAUCAUGGGCAAAAAAAAAUUGAAGGAGAAGGAAAUCAUGUACUUUGGAAUCCCAAAUAUCCUGCUGGAAUGUAGCUACAUACACAAAAAAGCCCAGUCAACUAGCAGAGCAGAGCAUAACAUAGCAUAGCAAAGUACAUUGUACUUAGAUAUGUUGGUUGGAGCCACUUUGGUAAUGGUGAAGUGACUGUUCAGAUCCCAGGAUUCUUUGAACACACAAACCAACCAAAGGCUGACAUUAACCUAGAAACUUUACCCAUGUUUUGUAAUUGUUUCUCAAUCUAAUCACUGAACUAUCUAGAAUUCUCUGUAAUAAUUAUGAAGGAAAUACACUCUGAACCUGCUCAGAAGCCACUUAAUCUAUGUUUAUUUACCCUGUUCCAACCUUGGUUGUGAAAACUGGUGCCUGCAGGGAUAAAUCAAGAAGUAGAUGCUGUAAGCCAACAGAAUAUUUUAGCAUGUAUUAGUUAUAGUGAUCUUGUUUAAUUUAAAAAAAUAACAAUACUAGGAUUUUAGCAGGCAUCCUUGCCCAUGCAACAAGAGGUCUUUGUUGUAUUCAGAUCUUCAUUUGAAAUCAGCACAUCACUUUAGAAACAAUUAUCUCAAUUGGCCCUGAACAGAUUGUUUAGUGUGUGGGACAGACAAACUUUGUCCAUUUCAAUCUUCACCAUGUUCUCACCUAUCCUUUUCAAGGUACUUUGCCAAGUUGUACAUAUGCCUCCUAAUAAACUUCAAUUUAGAUACAUUUUCUUCAUGUUAAGUGUAUUGGUGCUUUUCUCUAAUAAAGCUAAUG